GGGAUGCAGCGCCCGGGGCCCUUCAGCACCCUCUACGGGCGGGUCCUGGCCCCGCUGCCCGGGCGGGCCGGGGGCGCGGCCUCUGGUGGAGGCGGGAACCGUUGGGGCGUCCCGGGUUCCCACGUGCAGCCUCCUGGGUGUUCACAGUCCGGUACCUACGGCAGCACUAGUAGUACAAGCACUAGCAGCGGGGACGCGAACAGUGUCUUCCCGGCUCCUUCCACGAUGUCCAAGGCUGAGGAGGCCAAGAAGCUGGCGGGCCGCGCGGCGGUGGAGAACCACGUUAAAAAUAACCAAGUACUGGGAAUUGGAAGUGGUUCUACAAUUGUCCAUGCGGUGCAGCGAAUUGCUGAACGAGUCAAACAAGAAAAUCUGAACCUUGUCUGUAUUCCCACUUCCUUUCAGGCCCGCCAGCUUAUCCUGCAGUAUGGCUUAACUCUCAGUGACCUGGACCGACACCCAGAGAUUGACCUCGCCAUCGAUGGUGCUGAUGAAGUAGAUGCUGACCUCAAUCUCAUCAAGGGCGGUGGAGGCUGCUUGACCCAGGAGAAAAUUGUGGCUGGCUAUGCUAGUCGCUUCAUUGUCAUUGCUGAUUUCAGGAAAGAUUCAAAGAACCUUGGGGAUCAGUGGCACAAGGGAAUCCCUAUCGAGGUCAUCCCAAUGGCCUAUGUUCCAGUGAGCCGAGCUGUGACUCAGAAGUUUGGGGGUGAAAUUGAACUUCGAAUGGCCGUCAACAAGGCAGGUCCUGUGGUGACAGACAAUGGGAACUUUAUCCUGGACUGGAAGUUUGACCGGGUGCACAAGUGGAGUGAAGUGAACACAACCAUCAAAAUGAUCCCAGGUGUGGUGGAUACGGGCCUGUUCAUCAACAUGGCUGAGAGAGUCUACUUCGGGAUGCAGGAUGGCUCGGUGAACAUGAGGGAGAAGCCCUUCUGCUGACUGCAGGCUGGCAUGUGCGCCUUGGCGUCCCGCCCGUGGCCAGGUGGACGUGCCUCUCAGGAGCCUUUGCCUUAACGUGUCUGUGCCAGGUGACGCCUGGCGGGGGCCGGUUUGGGGGGCUAAAUCUAGUCUUAUGAAGUAUUAUUAUUGUCUUUUUAAAAAGAGAAAUAUAGACAUAUAUAUUUUUACUAUUAAAAUACUCAUUUUUUUUUUAUG